CGAGGAGGAGAGGCCUCGUCGGUUUCUUAUCGUUUGGCGCGUACAAGUCGCGAAUGUGACCGGUCGCGCUGAUUUUUACCAACCAGUUGUUGCUUAUCUCCUUCCUUUCGGCUCCUCUCUUUACACGUCUUUUCUCACUUUCAUUCAUUCAUUCCUUUCUUUAUUUUUGUUUUUGUUUUUGUUAUUGUUAUUGGCCGUUUUGUUAACGCGAUGGCAUUCCUGGUCUUUGUGAAGUAGCGAGCGCAUAAUAUUUUUAACGCGGACAUCGCACCGCGUGGAGAAUCGGAAGUCAAAUGGUUGGCCGCUGAAUCCAGGAGGGAUCGAGCAUUAUGUGGCCUAAAUAAUCAUCAUAGAAUUGUGCACAAGACUUGACGUGUGAAUAAUUUGCAUGAAAAAUUAGCGGAAGCGCUGCUCCGCAAUUCCGAUAACACGAAACGAAUCGAGCUUGGUUAAUUAAGGGCGUCGGAUCGGUCUACGCUAGAGGAUUUUCAUAUAGCACGCGAUGAGAUCGGCGCCGCGCGCACGCGCACCACCGAGCGCCAACUGACCGGCGGGAGACCGGGCCGAGGGUGCCGCCAGCGAGAACCUGGAGGGAGUCUCCGGGAGGUGCCUGCGGGAAGCUCGAGGAUGACGCACGUGCCGGAGAGAAACGGCAAGAGGGCCACAGUAGCCGCAACGGCGGCGACGAAACACGCCGAGGCCAAGCGAAAUAGUACGGAGGUUCACCAGCCCCCGCCGCCCGAUGGAGGUUGGGGAUGGGUCGUCGUCUUCGCCUCGUUCAUGGUCCACAUCAUCACUGACGGAGUGACGUAUUCCUACGGGGUCUUUCACAUUGAUUUCAUAAAGUAUUUCGACACGACGAAUCAAGCGGCAUCAUGGAUCACGUCGCUGCUCGUCGGUGUCACUUACUGUUCGGGUCCGAUUUCGAGUUUUCUGGUAAACAAAUUCGGCUGCCGGGUCGUGACGAUCGCUGGCUCGAUUUUAGCGAGCGCCUGUCUGUUGAUCAGCGUCUGGGCCAACAGCAUCGUCAUGCUGUAUUUUACAGCUGGAAUUGGCACGGGUUUCGGAUUCGGACUGAUUUACUUACCGGCGAUCGUGAGUGUGACGAUAUACUUUGAAAAGUACCGAUCGCUCGCCACUGGAAUCGCAGUAUGUGGCUCGGGCCUAGGUACCGUCGUUUUUGCGCCCUUUAUCUCCUACCUCAUUUGGUACUUCGGAGGCUACAAAUAUGCAAUGCUGAUACUCUCGGCCAUCGUCCUCAACUGCAUCAUCUUUGGCAUUAUGUUCAGACCCCUCGAGCCUGUUAAAUCAUCCGAGUGUAUUCCACUUAAGGAUGUGACGAAGAACGGCACAUCGAUGUUCCAGGCGUCGGACAGGGUGAAACAAGGAGUCGACCGAUGCUUAAGCGUCAGUCACAUUUCCCCGAAGAAGCAUUCUAAUGCGAAAACCUCGGAGGGUGCUUCGAACAACAUUCGCCUCGCGUUGAGCCAGCCGAUCCUGAUGACAAAGGAUGGCAAUCAUGCCAGCGAACCCUUCCCCCGCGUCUCCUGUGGAAGUGGAAUAAUGAAUCGCUCGGACGUCUUCUUACGCAGCAGCAUACACAACAUUCGUAAGCGUUCAGAGUCGCUGACGAAUAGCGAGGAGAACGCGCGAUUACGACUGUCAUCGAGAAGUCUUCCUAACGGUACAGGACACAGGACGACCGAUGGUACCGAGUACCUAGACGAUUCCAACGACGAGAAUAUCAUGAAACGAAUGCUUCAGCUGUCCUUACUCAGAGAUCCACUCUUCAUCAUUUUCACGAUAUCGAAUUUUUGCACGAGCAUCGGCUUCAACGUACCCUAUGUUUAUUUGCUGCCUCAAGCCAUCGAACGGGGCAUGGAUAAGGAUACCGCGAGCAUACUGCUUUCCGUGAUAGGAAUUGCCAAUACAAUCGGAAGAAUCGUUCUUGGCUAUGUGUCGGACAAGCCCUGGGUCAAUCGAUUACUGGUGUACAAUUUGUGCCUGACGGUUUGCGGCUUAGCCACUGCAUUAAGCCCAUUCUGCAGCUCCUUCGUGUCCUUUGCGAUUUAUGCGUCGGUGUAUGGAUUCACGGCUGGUGCCUACGUCGGCCUCACCUCGGUCUGCCUGGUCGAUUUAGUCGGCCUCGAGCGGUUGACCAACGCCUUCGGACUGGUGCUGUUAUUCCAGGGGAUCGCCUCGUUCCUGGGGCCGCCCAUUGCUGGUGUCCUGUCCGAUAAGCUAAAAUCCUACGAUCCUGGUUUUUACGUUGCUGGGACAAUGAUAGCCUUCAGCGGAGUCAUGCUAUUUAUUAUACCACCUAUUAGGAGUAGAAUAUUAAAAAGGAGCGAAAAGUUACAGAGGAUAGAUACAGUUGCUUAGUAUAAAUUGAAUACUCUUAUUUUCAUAAAUAUGUGUGUGAACACUAUUCUCACCUUCCUGUAAAAAGUUCUAUUAUCUACUUAUCUUUGAUUCUGGGCUCGAUUAAUUUAGUUAUUCAUUAUUUUAUUUUACAAUUUAACAAGA